UGAUGCUUCAGCUUCAAAAGUCAACACAGAAGCACGGCAUGAUACUGGAACCAAACAGGCAGCUUCCAACGAGUACACUAAACUAGUCCGCAGACAAGGGGUAAUGAUGGCCUCGUUGCGACGGUUACUGAACGACAACGUUUCACCACGAUGUGUUCCAACAAUUAAUAAACUGUGGGAAAAUAUAGAAGACAUUCACUUCAGGAUAUAUGAGAUGUUCGACAACCCAACCGAGCAGGGCUACAAGGUCGAUAACUUCAUUUCACUUGAGGAAAAGGUAUGGAGUACUUUGCAAGCAGCUAAUAGUGACUCCCAUACUGAGCAAUCUUCAAACCAACUUCCGAUUAAACUGCAAUCCAUUUCAUUGCCGAAGAUAAUAAUUCCAAAAUUCGAUGGCACCUAUUUAAAAUGGCAAGAAUUUCAUGACCUAUUCUCGCAACUAGUAAUAAAUCAACCUCUCUCAAAAGUUCAGAAAAUGUGGUACUUGAAAACUCACUUAGUGGGGGAGGCUGGAAAUUUAAUUAAACAUUUCGCAUCAACAGGAGAGAAUUUUGAUGCAGCUUGGUUCAUGCUUCUGGAGCGUUACAACAACAAACGCUUGCUGGUGAGCAAGUUAGUACAUGAGCUAACUACUACACCUGGAAGCACAUCAAUGGACAAUGUCAAAAAACUGCAUGACACAACACAAGAAUGUCUAUUAGCAUUGCAAAAUUUGCAGAUAGACACAUCAACAUGGGAUCCACUUCUGCUCCCCCUUCUACUAAAGAAACUGGAUCAACCGACUCGUUUGCGGUACGAACAAUCAUUAUCAAAGCCACGGGAGGUACAAACACUCAAGGAAUUCCUGCAAUUUCUGGAGAAACACUUUCAAUCCAUGGAAGCGAUGGGUGUCAAAGACAAAUCUACAAGCUCAACUGCAAAGGUGUGCACUUCAGUCACAUCCAAAGGUCAUAGAAAUGACACUUGCAGCAUGUGCAAAAAAGGAAAACAUCCAUUAUUUUCUUGCAAGGAAUUUUUACAACAGUCUCCAUCGGCACGCUUUCAGUUCAUACAAGGGCAGAAAUAUUGCCACAAUUGCCUAAAACCAGGACAUGGUUCUAAAAAUUGUAUAUUAAGAAACUGUCUGAAAUGCAACAAAAAACACAACACGCUGUUACAUUUCGAGGAUUCAAAAAGGGAU